CGUCCACAAUCAUCACUCCUUUUCGUACUUGCUUUUCUCACUAAUUUAAUUCCCAGCCAGAAUUUCAUUCCAUCAUUGACUAAUGGAUGUUUUUAUAUAAAAAUGGAAAAUAAUAAUUAAAAAUGGUUGCCUCUCAGCUCCCGCACCCUACUAUAACUCGAUUUCAAUCAACGACGAGACACGUGUGCUGUAUCCCACACGUGCGACUCCACCUUCCAAAACUCAUUCCCCAUAAAUGCCAGAUCCAAAUUGUAAGCAGCAGCAGAGUGAGUGAAACUAAAAUGGAAGUGAACGGAACAGUUGGUGAUGCAGAGAAACUUCGAUCUCAGUUCCUUCACCUACUUCGUACCAGACGAAGUGCUCAAGUUCCUUUGACUGUGGAACCUGCAAAACCUGUGGUUACCCCUUUCUAUCAAGAAGUUCCUCCCCCGACUUCCAGUGAGGAAAUGGAGUCUUGUCCAAAGGCCAGCAUUGGAAACCUUAAGGAACUGGUUAAAGAGGAAAACCUUUAUCUCCAUACCGAGGCAGGAGAGCAAGGAAAAUUGCCCUUGUUAAUUUUAAGCAUGAAAGAAGGCAAUCUAGAAAAGAGACCUGCUGUUGUUUUUCUUCAUAGUACACAUAAGUGCAAAGAGUGGUUACGCCCAUUGCUUGAGGCUUAUGCUUCACGGGGAUAUGUUGCCAUUGGUGUCGAUUCCCGCUACCAUGGUGAACGUGCUAACAGUCUAACCACUUAUAAAGAUGCUCUGGUAUCAUCGUGGAAAAAUGGGGAUACAAUGCCAUUCAUAUUUGAUACGGUUUGGGACUUGAUAAAACUUGCAGAUUUUUUAACCCUGAGAGAGGAUAUAGAUCCUACUAGGAUUGGAAUUACUGGUGAAUCACUUGGAGGAAUGCAUGCAUGGUUUGCUGCUUUUGCUGACACCCGCUAUGCAGUGGCAGCCCCAAUAAUUGGCGUUCAGGGAUUUCGAUGGGCAAUAGACAAUGACAAGUGGGGGGCUCGAGUUAACAGUAUAAAGGCUGUAUUUGAAGAAGCAAGGAUUGAUUUAGGCAAGAAUGAAAUUGAUAAAGAAGUGGUGGAGAAGGUUUGGGAUAGGAUUGCUCCUGGUCUAGCCUCCCAGUUUGAUGCACCUAACACAGUUCCGGCCAUUGUGCCACGCCCUUUGCUGAUUGCAAAUGGAGCUAAAGAUGACCGUUGCCCCAUCGAUGGCCUUGAAAUUCCCAAGACAAGGGCAUGCAAGGCUUAUGAAGAGGUCCAUUGUUCAGAUAAUUUUAAGCUCAUUGCACAACCUGGAAUAUGGCACCGAAUGACGCCAUUAAUGGUGAAAGAAACAAGUGAUUGGUUUGAUCGGUUCCUUAAGUAAUAAUUUCAUCCAGCUACUGUUUCUAUGUUUGUUGUUUGUAGAUGGAAAUGUAUUUUGUAACCAGUACGCUGCAAUUUGAAUGAUGUGAUGAACUUUGAGAUAAAAAUCCCUUAAUGUAGUUGUAAUUCGUAACAAUAAGAAAGUGAUUCCAUUCAGUUUGCUGUUAGGAAAGCAUAUGUAUUUUGUAACUGGUAGGCUGCAACUGAAUUUGAAUGAUGCAAUCAGCCUGUGAUCAAGACCUUUUUUUAGUCCGUACAAUCUUAUCAAUAAAAUAUAGUUAUCUCCU